AUGGCCAUUACAACGGCCCAGGUGCCAAACCUACCCAAGCAGCUAGUUUUUUGGGUCUUAGAUUUCUCCUUUUCUUCCCAUCUCAUCAAUCCCCGGACACCACUGUUGAAGCAACUGGAGGAGCAACCGGAAGCUGGGUCCUGCGUGGUUGUCAAUACGUGCCAUAUUCCAGCCGGCAAGGUGGACGAAGCCUUUGCUGCGUGGAAAAUCGAUACCGAAAUGGCGAAGAAGCAGCCAGGAGUUAUUUCCACCGAACUUCAUCGCGGUGUCAAUGGAAGCGGCAUGAUGCUGAACUAUGCGAUAUGGGAGUCUACCGCUGCGUUGAAGGCCUAG